GGUCAGCGGAAGCGUGCAGUCUUCCUUUUGGCUCCAGCAGCUACCCGCUUCGUGUCGAAAUGGGCAAGUUCAUGAAACCUGGGAAGGUGGUGUUGGUCCUGGCCGGGCGGUACUCCGGGCGCAAAGCUGUCAUCGUGAAGAACAUUGAUGAUGGGACUUCGGACAGGCCUUACAGCCAUGCCCUGGUGGCAGGUAUUGAUAGAUACCCUCGAAAAGUGACCGCAGCAAUGGGCAAAAAGAAGAUUGCCAAAAGAUCAAAAAUCAAGUCAUUUGUAAAAGUUUAUAACUACAACCACCUCAUGCCUACCAGAUACUCUGUGGAUAUCCCAUUGGACAAAACAGUUGUCAACAAGGAUGUGUUCCGUGACCCUGUGCUAAAACGUAAGGCGAGGAGGGAAGCCAAGGUCAAGUUUGAGGAGAGGUACAAGACAGGCAAAAACAAGUGGUUCUUCCAGAAGCUACGGUUUUAGAACUACUCUUCCUGCUCAGUGAAUAAAAUGUUUAUUAAAAAUAAA